UAGUAGCUCGUCCUUUGGGGAAUCAAUGGGGCUUGGACUUGAAGCGAACUGCGGAAGCCAUUUUCAAACUGUUUUUGGUGUCAGGUAAACGUCAGCGAUGGUGUUAUUGGCACUAACCACGUUUUCAACCAAAUCCUUCGGUCACGUGACUAAGCUUUGUCAGAGUAAUCCAAUUGGUUUGGAAGUUCGGCGAAUUUGAGUGACUCAUCCGAUUUGUCGCCGCCGACGGACGACAGCACAGCACAUUGAGUUCGAAGACGGCCGGCUGUGGCAACGCUGCUUGACGUCCGCGCCUGACUAUGACGUAAGCAUGUCUGGCGCGCGAGUUUGACGGGUGCGCGCCCCACCAGCGAAACAUGAUGGCGGCCGGCUGUUUUCUGACGACAUAACGGCGACGUGCAGCGCACAAUGACUGCGGCCGCCAGGCGCCAGUCGUGCUUCCUGUGCGACCUGCCCCGUAUGCCGUGGGCCGUCAUCUGGGACUUCAGCGAGGCCGUGUGCCGGGGCUGCGUCAACUACGAGGGAGCCGACCGCGUCGAGUCGGUUAUCGACGCCGCGCGCUUGCUCAAGCGGGCCCACGGCCUCCACGAGGGACGAGGAGGAAAACCCCCGCCGCCGCCGCCCACCGUCAGGGAGCUCGCCUCCUCCCGCUGCCCGCUAACCGACGGGCCGCCACCGCCUCGCCUCGGCCCGGAGUACCAGACGUCGAGUGCGCCGACGGCCGCGGCUAGGCUCGUCAACGGAUUCCCCAAAGCCGACGAGCCGCCCGAGCUGAAGCGCCAGAGUCCCACCAACGUCAACGUCGGCCAGCAGCGUCUGCAGGACAACAUGGUAGCGGACAAGGGCAGAAGCGCGCGCGAGCUCGAGGCCAGGUUCGCCAAGGAGCACGUGGCCGCCGCCGCCGCCGCCUCCAAGACAGAGCGGGCCAAGCCCCCGCGGGGCACCAAGAGGAAGGCGUCGCCCGAGCCAGACGGCCAAGGCUCGGCACCCAACUGCAACGUGGUGGAGAGUCCGCCGUGGUCGCCGUGGCCCAGCGAGGCGCUUACGACGGGCGCCGCCCGGCUUCUCUCUGCACUCUCCCCCCCUGAGGCGGCCGCGCCACCGCACGCUCAGUCACCCGUCGCCGCGCUCAUCAACGGCGAAGGCGCCGCCCCGCACGGGCGGGCGCCGGCGGGCGGCGUCCCACUCGGCUGCACGCUGUGCCGGGAGCGGCUGGAGGACACGCAUUUUGUUCAGUGCCCGCCGUCUGUGGCGUCGCACAAGUUUUGCUUCCCGUGUUCCCGUGCCAGCAUCAAGACGCAGGGCGCCGGCGGGGAGGUGUACUGCCCCAGCGGGGGGCGCUGCCCUCUGGCCGGCUCCGACCUGCCCUGGGCCUUCAUGCGGGGCGAGAUCGCCACCAUCCUGGCCGGAGACGUCGAGGUGAAGAAGGAGCGGGACUCUUAAAAGCCAUCUUCUCGUUACCCAGCCGACUUGUUUUUUGUUUUUUUCCUCCACGUUCUCUUUGUACCUUUUCCAACAGCAUCGAUCGCAGCGGGCGCUCAGCCAAUAAAAAGAACCCUACCACGCCGA